GUAGUGGCCGUGGCCGGGCGGCCGGCGGCUCAGUGCGGGGCGCAUCGCCGAGCCCUGUCGGGACUGGCUCCCCGCCCCGGGGCGGGUGUGGGGGGACUGCUGGCGGCCGAGGUGACUUUGGCGGCGGCCUCAUGUUUUCUCCCAGCCAGGAGGAGCACUGCGCGCCCAACAAGGAGCCUGUGAAGUACGGGGAGCUGGUGGUGCUGGGGUAUAAUGGCUCCCUCCCUACCGGUGACAGAGGACGCAGGAAAAGCAGAUUUGCCCUUUAUAAGCGACCGAAGGCGAAUGGAGUUAAGCCCAGCACCGUGCACGUCAUUUCCACCCCCCAGGCAUCCAAGGCCAUCAGCUGUAAAGGUCAGCACAGCAUCUCCUACACAUUAUCCAGGAACCAGACUGUGGUGGUGGAAUACACUCAUGACAAAGACACAGAUAUGUUCCAGGUUGGGAGGUCGACAGAAAGCCCUAUAGACUUUGUAGUAACAGAUACUAUAUCAGGAAGCCCAAACAAUGAGGAGACCCAGAUCACACAAAGCACCAUCUCCCGUUUCGCCUGCAGGAUCGUUUGUGACAGGAGCCCGCCCUACACAGCAAGGAUUUUUGCAGCUGGAUUUGACUCAUCCAAAAACAUAUUUCUUGGUGAAAAAGCAGCAAAGUGGAAAAAUCCUGAUGGGCACAUGGAUGGAUUGACAACUAACGGGGUGCUGGUCAUGCACCCCAAAGGAGGCUUCACAGAGGAGUCAAAGCCUGGAGUCUGGAGGGAAAUCUCCGUCUGCGGUGACGUCUACACGCUGCGGGAAACCAGAUCUGCUCAGCAGAGGGGGAAGCUGGUAGAGAACGAGACCAACGUGCUGCAGGACGGCUCCCUGAUCGACCUGUGCGGGGCCACGCUGCUGUGGCGCACGGCGGAUGGGCUCCUGCACACCCCCACCCAGAAGCACAUCGAAGCCCUGCGGCAGGAGAUCAACGCUGCCCGGCCCCAGUGCCCCGUGGGCUUGAACACUUUGGCCUUCCCCAGCAUCAACCGCAAGGAGGUGGUGGAAGAGAAGCAGCCUUGGGCGUACCUGAGCUGCGGGCACGUGCACGGCUACCACAACUGGGGGCACCGCAGCGACGCGGAGGCCAACGAGCGCGAGUGCCCCAUGUGUCGAACCGUGGGCCCCUACGUGCCGCUCUGGCUGGGCUGCGAGGCAGGCUUCUACGUGGACGCGGGGCCCCCCACCCACGCCUUCACCCCCUGCGGGCACGUCUGCUCCGAGAAGUCCGCCAAGUACUGGUCCCAGAUCCCGCUGCCCCACGGCACCCACGCCUUCCACGCCGCCUGCCCCUUCUGUGCCACCCAGCUGGCCGGCGAGCACAACUGCGUCAAGCUCAUCUUCCAGGGGCCCGUCGACUGACCACGGCCACAGCCCCCUCUGAACCACUUACUGUGAAGACUUUGCCACUAACUCUUAGAUUUUACCUUUUCCUUUGGGGUUUUUAUACAUAUAUAUAUAUAUAUAUAAUGUUAUGAA